CCGCCCCCCCCCUCCCCAGGCCUCGGGCUCGCAGGGCGGAUUGGACACCGGAGAGGUUUGAGGGCUCCUCUGGGGGUGCGGGGGGUCCCCCCCAGCCCCGGAUCUGGACUCGAUUUGGUGCCCCCCUCCCCCCUCUGCCUCUCCGAUCCCCCCUCUUCGUCGUGGUCCCUCUCCCCCCCCCCCCCUUUUCUUUUUGGGGACAUCUGAUCGACAGGGAGGCUUUCUGGUGACUGUCCAGGGGUACCCCCCUCUCCCCCCCCCUCCACCCCCAAAUCCCCAGGCUCCCGGAGCUUAUGCAACCGCUGGCCGUCGGCCUCGACGGGGCCCGGAGACGCAGGCCAGGCCCCGAGGCGGCGAAGGGGAUUUAAAGAGCACAAAAGGAGGCCGGCCCGGCCGUCCGGGAGCACCGGGCCCGGGCGGGACCGGCCCCCGGGGUCGGAGGUCGCGGGAGAGGAGGAGAAGGCCGGGGACGGGCCGAGGAUGUCAGACGUGCGCGUUUCCAGCGGGAGCCCGACCCUGGAGCCCAUGGAGGCCCGGCAGACCGAGCGCGACCACCCCAAGCCGUCGGCCUGCAGGAACCUCUUCGGCCCCGUCGACCACGCCGAGCUGGCGCGGGACCUGCGGCGCCACUGUCGCGACCUGGCCGAGGCCUGUCGGCGACGCUGGAACUUCGACUUCCGCAACCACCGGCCCCUGGAGGGCAGGUACGAGUGGCGGCCGGUCGACAGGGACAGCCUGCCCGACUUCUACCGCCGGCCGCCGCCGCCCCGUCGGGGGCCCCGUCGGGGGCCCGGGGACCCCCGCCCGACGCCGGACCCGCCCGCCUCCCGGGGAGGCCCCGGACGAGGCCCCGGACGAGCCCCGGACUCCCCGGACGAGGAGCCGGAGCCCGGCGAGGAGGACCGCCCCCGGGACCGGCCGCAGCGGGAAGAGGGGGACGGCGACGGCGACGAGGAGGGCGCCCAUUUGGCAGGACGAAAGACUGAUGCCUCCGAAAGGCAGACGGCCUUCCCCGACCGCUGUCCGGCGCCUAGGAAACGACCCGCCCCGGACGAUUCUUCUCCUCCAAACAAGAGAGCCCACCCCACGGAAGAAGGGGUACCAGGGGGUGCGCCGGGCACCGGGCCGGUGGAGCAGACGCCGGAGAAGCCAAGCCUCAGAAGACGUCAAACGUAAACCUCUCCGAAUUGAGAAUAUGCAUUUCCUUGUUCGUCGGUUACGAAAGUGCUUGAUGAAGAAAGGAAAAUAUAAAUUCAGUUAAAAAAAUACAUAUCGCUGACUCUUUAUGGAAUGGAGAUCUUGUACAAGCACUGAAAAAGCGGCAACACAAAACACUAAGAUUAAGGCCUUCUUAAAAGAUCUGCCUCUAAAAGCAUUGGAUGUAGCAUUGUGCAAUUAGGUUUUCCUUAUUUGCUUCAUUGUACUACCUGUGUAUAUAGUUUUUACUUUUUAUGUAGCAAAUAAACUGGGGGGGGGGGUUGCCGAGGAGGAGGAAGAGGAGGUUGUGGAAAACUUGCUUCAAAUUCUAGCAAGAAAAGUGUAUGACUUGCAUGAAAGAGAAGUAGUGUAGGGUUUUUACUGGGGUUUUUUUUUUUGUUAUCCUUAAAGAUGUAUUGUCCCUUUAAGUGGGAUCUAAUAUUUCAUUUUUAAAAAGAGAAUAUACCAGAAUCUGAACACUGGCAACGGCAGAUUGCUAUUUAUUAUUACAUUAAGCUUAUUAAGAGUUGGGAGCUCUGAAGUUUCCGUUAUGUAGCAGCAAAAGGCUUUUUUAAAAAAUGUAUAAACCAGUGCAAACCCCUUUUAAAACUGCAUCUGCUAUUGCUCCCUGGGUAUUUCUGAAAGGAUCUAGGACUCAAGUCUGAAAAUAAUGGAUUUUUUUUUAAAUUUUCAAGUUAUUCUAUUUUGCUCAUUUGCCCAGGGGUAUAAGGUGGUUUUUUUUUUUUUUUCUGGAGGGGGAAAUUGAAUAUGGGAAUAAGGGUGGGGAUGGGUUGGGGUGGGGGGAGGGCAGGGAAGGAUACUACAUCUUUAAACAGUAUUUCUACAUUGCCUGUGUAUCUGUAUAUGUAUAAAACAAACAAAAUUUUUGAAGUGUACCUGUGUACAUAACUCUGUAAAGACACUGAGAAAUUAAACUAACUUAUUUAUGUUAAAAAGAGAUUUUUUUUUAAUCUAGAAGAGAAUAAUGUUCCCUUUAAAGCCAAAGUGGCAUGUUUUGUGCAUUUGUAAAUGCUCUAUUGAGUAGAUGUUAGUUUUUUCUUGUUUUCUGUCAAAUAUGGCUGUGCUUAAAAGUUUGCAGACUGAGCCAAGUUUAAUUUUUUAUGUAAUGUGUGAAAAAGAUGCCGAUCAUUGUUUCACAUCCAGCAAUCAAUAAAGAAAAUUGCCAUAUCUUUUCA